AUGCACGACGACGAGCUGGACCGCAUGCCUUUGGCCGCCAUCCCAACCACGAGCCCCGGCCAGAGCAGCGCAAACGACACCACCAAUCUCUUCGUCCCUGUGCCAUCCUUCUCUCAACAGCAAACCCCACCAUCGGCUUCACCAGUGCUCAAGCCGGAAUACCAACAAACUUCUACACUCGACCUCACGGAUGAUCAACUUGGUGCCCUUCUGCUUGCUAAUUGUACAACGCCACCUCCCUUUGAGACGAUCAACCCCUCUACCCUCAGCUCGCCCGGCCCGGUGACAGACUUCUCCGGCAGUGAUUGUGGACUGGCAUCAGCCGCAUCUUCCCCCUUCUAUCCCUUCAACGACGACAUCGGCAGCACCUCGAUUUCUUGCCCGCCCACGCCGGGCCUACAGUCGUUGCCGGCGCCGGUUGCCCGUCGCUACUCCAGAAUCCAUAACAUGCAUGACGAAGCUUUUACCGAGCUGGAUGCUAGUCCUGAGGGCUUCCCUCUCGUCGGCCAGCCCUCAGGUUCCAGCGAGCAGAUCCCCCAUGGGUUGCCCACCUCAUCGCCCCAGCACGUCCGACAAGGACAUCAGCAUACGUACUCGCAUCCUCAGGCUCUGAUCCCAGCGCAGAGCCAAAGUCCACAGCCUGUUGGAUCCCUGAACUAUCAGCAUGCGCCUUUUCCGACGCCUCCCCCCUCCAACCAGCAUCCGUAUCCUCCAGCGCUUCAGCAACAGGCGCUUCAGCAGUCCCCAGGACCAACUCAAGGCGAAGUCACCUUCCACCGCCAAACAGGCCACUACCUCGGCCCGCCGCGCAUACGCCACCCCUAUCCUCCUGGUGCACACAUAGCUCCAAACGCGCAGGACUACCAACUGCUCGACCAGCAGCGUCAGCAGCAACAGCAACAGAUUCAGCACAUGCAAAAUGCCCAGCAACACCGGCAACUGCUGAUACAACAACAGCAACAGCAUCUUCGACAACUUCAGCAACAACACAUCCAGCAUCAACAACAACCCCACCACCCCCACCAGCACCAGCACUCAAACCCAAACAUCGGCCUCUUGACCCGCGGCUCCGUCCCCAUCGGCACGCCCAUAACGCCGCCGCCAUGCAGCCCAACAGCAUCCACAUUCACCCCUCCCCCCGCCCCUCCCCACCCCUUCCGCCCCGCGUCGACGACAAUCCGUCCACCAGCAGCAGCAGCAUCAACAAUCGAAUCCAGCCCAACGCCGCCGCCGCUCUUUCGACCGGUUUUCAGCCCUGCCGCCCCAUUCAGCCCCGCCGCUCAUCACCACUCGCCGCACCCGCACCCGCACCCGCACCCAGCAACACAAUCCACCAGACGCCGCAGCAACACCGCGCCCAGCAGCCGUACUACACUCUUCGGCGAGAACAACAGGGGCGGCAACAGACAAGCGCCGUACCCGUCGCCCGGCCGGACGCCGGCGGCGGUGCAGCAGGGUGCUUUUGCGCGCGCUGCCACUGCUCCUACAUCAUACCGUCCUUCUUCUUCUUCUUCUUCGCUGUUCCCGCCGUCGUCGGUGCGGGGGGUGGAGAGGGCAGCGGCGGCGAUGAUGAUGGCGGGGAAGAGGAGGGGCGUGGCGGCGGCGGGGGUGAGGUGGUUCGGGCCGGAUGGGCAUAGCCAGGGUGCGGGUGGAGGGCCGACGUCGGCGCCGAGGCAGGGGGAGGGGGGGUUGGGGAUGGGAUUGGGGGUGGAUGUGGGGACGGGUGUGGCUGGUGAUGGAGGGAGCGGCGGCGGUGGCGAUGUUUCUGGUGCUGAUGGAUCAGGGCAGCUGGUGCGGGAAGAGACUGUGGAAUCGGAGCUGGGAGUUGCGGAGGCUCGGGGUGAGCAGGAUGCGUUGGUUUCUGGGAUGCAGGGACGGCUGGAGCAGUUGGAGAGGGAGUUUGAGAGUUUGAAAGACUUCGUGAGGGCGGGGCAGGAGGAAAUGAGAAGAGAUGUUGAGAAAUGA